AUGGUAGCCGAGCCUGCAUGUAAUCUUCAAAAACUUGGUUAUAUGGAAAAGCUAUUCAUACACAAAGUCUCUCGUUUCCUCCUCCCUUCCUCCUUCUCCUGUUCAUGUCACGCCAAAAACAUCUCAGACGUAGUAGAAAACUCCCGAAACCUCCAUGAAAGUGCACCUCCCAAAAAUGCCAAUAAGAAUAAGAAAGCUGCUUUCUUAUUAGGGCUUUCUCCUGCUGCUAUUAAUCAAGGAAGAAGAUGUCCGCCUGUGACACCGAUCUCAGUCGUUGAUUCGCAUUUAGAGGUCUCCAAUAAUUCCUCUAAUGGCGGAUGGUUUAGCAGCGAGGAGGCGGAACAAGAAGAAGAAGACGACGACACGUUUUUUAGCUUAUCUUCCCGGUGUUUUACCCUGCACCCUAAAACACCCAGACGAAGAUUGGACGAUUUAUCGUCAUCGGCGAGCGACAAAGAGCCGGAAACCGCCAAGACUGAUCUACAAGUGGAGUUUGAUUAUUAUUACAGGAGGAGGAGAACCUCCAGGGCUGGGCGGAAAAAAAGGAAAGGGAAGAUGAGGUCGGAAAUGGGAUAUUAUGAUGCGAUAAUAGAAAAGAGUACAACUGAUCCUUACAAUGACUUCAGGACAUCAAUGGUGGAGAUGAUUGUGGCGAACCAAAUCUUUGGAGCACAGGAUCUGCAAAGGCUGUUGCACUGCUUUCUUUCAUUCAACUCAUCCUACUUCCACCGUAUCAUUGUUGAGGUUUUCUCAGAGAUAAUUCAAACCUUGUUUAGUCAAUGA